AUGUGCAGAAGAUGUGCUUGGUGUCAUUUUGGGGCUACGAAUGAGGCAGUGCCCUCCAACGGCGAGCUCUUCAAGCGCCUGUUUGAGGCGCCCUACUUCUACGUGCAGCUGGUGCCGGACAUUGCUGGCGCUGAGAUGGCUGGAACCUUGAAAAACAUUGUGGCUCUUGCUGCUGGUUUUGUGGACGGCCUCGGUAAAGGCCCAAACACCAAGGCAGCAAUCAUGCGGGCUGGGCUGAAUGAGAUGCGGUCACUAGCUGAGAGGAUCUACCCCACAGUGCGCAAUGACACAUUCUUUGAGAGCUGCGGCGUUGCCGAUCUCAUCGCCACGUGCUAUGGGGGCAGGAACAGGCUGGUCGCUGAGGCGUAUGUGCGUGCAUACCAGGGCGGCUCUCCCAAGUCCUUUGACACCCUGGAGGCAGAGCUUCUGGCAGGCCAGAAGCUCCAGGGUGUGCUGACAUCAGAUGAAGUCCAAUCCAUCCUGCAGAUAAGGGGAUGGGAACCAGAGUAUCCGCUGUUUACCACUGUGAAUGGUAUUGUUAAUGGCCUCUUGCCCCCAGUAGCCAUUACUAUGUACAGGUCUGCAGCAGCGGACAGUCAGUCACAAACCUAG